CUCCGGGAGCGCGCGCAGCAGUGUGAGUUCAGGAUCAUGAAGAACAUGACGUUCCGGCGUGUGAAGGACAGCAGGACCGGGACCGGCAGCGGGGACAUUUACUUCUCAUCCUCCAGGUCGGAUAGUUACAGAAGCAUGGAUUCACCUUCAGGCUCGGGGGACGUUUACAAUUAUAAAAGCCUGGUGUACUCUGGAGGAACCUUACCCAGGAACUUUAAGAAGAACGCGGGAUUACAGAAGUGGAAGCCCCUCACGCUACCACCAGAGCCGGAAAGGAAGACGGUCCUCCUGGAGAAGGAGGAAGAUGAAGCGUUUGGCUUUGAGCUUCAGACGUAUGGCCUGCACCACCAGGAUGAGAACUCUGUGGAGAUGUGUACGUUUGUCUGCAAAGUCCAUGAAGACAGUCCAGCUAAGCUCGCCGGCCUUAAAAUGGGUGACACCAUCGCUAGCGUCAACGACACCGCCGUUGAAGGAUUUCGCCACAAGGACAUCGUCCAGCUCAUCAGAUCAUCCGGGAACAGCGUUAGGUUGGAGACUGUGUACAGUAACACUAUAAGGAAAGCAGAACUCGAAGCCCGCCUACAGUAUUUAAAGCAAACCCUGCACGAGAAGUGGGAUGAGUACAGAUCUCUGAUGGUUCAGGAGCAGAGACUUGUUCACGGCAUCGUGUUGAGCGACGUGGCCGUGUAUGAGUCUCUGGAGUCGGCCGGUGUGUACGGCAGCCUGGGUGCACCGAGCCCCCUGACCUCCCGCUCUCUCCGCUGCACAGGCAGCACCAACAGCAGCGCGAGCCACCUGAGCGAGGACGACCCGCUCUACCAGACCUGCUUCUACCAGCCCGACAACAGCAAAGGAGACGGCGAUGACACCAGCGACGGUUCCAUUACCCUGGAGGACAGGCCACAGCGGAUACGUAACCGUCUGCUCCGCCCCACCAGUGAGUUCUUUGCGUCAGCCAAGACGUCGCUGAGCCGCAGCGCGAGCACACGCAGCUACCUGAAGGCCUCUUCGUCAUCGGCAUCGUCGUCGUCCUCGGCGCCUGGUGGAGAGAUGCAGCAGUGCGGCGCUUUCAGCUCACUGCAGAGGAAACCCAAACGCACAAGCAUCAGGCGACGGCUGCUCAAAUACAUCCCAGGUCUGAACAGGGCUCUCGAGGAGGAGGAGAGCAAACUGUGAUAAACUCAGGGCAAAAAAGAAAGACUUGUACACAGCCAAAGACUGCAGUCUAAACACCAGGAGCAUGCCUUCGAAUCAGAACCUGACGAGAAGAACCAAAAAUGAGUAUCAAAGGACUUAAUGGGAACAUCAUCCAUCCUCAGUUCUUAGGAAAUGCUUCAGAUGAUGGAGUGCUUACAGAGUAACUACUUGAUGAAUAGCCAUAACUUUACCCAAAACUGAGACCUGUUUAACUGUAAAUAGUUGCUCGUUCCACUUUGUUGAAUGUGAAAUAUUGAAAACUAAACUGAAGUUGCCUUUUGCUCACUUGACCAGUUCCUGAUCGUAUUUAUAGUGUCGUCGUAAACUUGACAUUUUGAAUGUCUCUCUGUCCGUCUUAUUUUCAAAAAAUGCAUCAUGAAGGUCCGGGGGCGUAUCCUUUAGUCAUUUAGACAUGCAAACCUUCAAUGACCAAACUUAAAUAACUAAAGUGAAGUAAUCGGGACCAAAAUCCCCAGUGUGCAAAACCAAAGCAACCACAAUGUGUUAAUGUCUGCUCAUUAUCAGCAUGCCCUUACUGUGCUGGUAAAAAUCAUGUUUAGGCAGGUAUCUUUUUGUCCUGUACAUAACUUCUUUUUAAAGUAAUUUAUUUAUUUAUUUUCUUUUGUGAUCAGGGACUUUUUUUUUCUGAAAAAAGACGCUUUUUGUUUUUGGUAUAUAUAGUAUUCAUUCAUGUCGGGUUUUUUUUUUAAGUCAAAAUAAAUGUGUGAUAUCACUCCUGGCUUGUGUGUCCUGACUUUACAUCAGUGCUGUUAUUUCAGAUGUCCUGAAAGAGCUAAUCCGUCAUUAUGUUUAUUGUAUAAAUAAAGAUUUCGGAGAGAAUAUU